GAGCAGCUCAUACAGUAAAGAUGAUUCAAUUAAAGACGUUAUUGAAUUGCAUCGAUAACUCCGGCGCCGCCGUCGUCGAAUGCGUGAACGUCUUGAAAAAGAAGCGGGCCGCAACAGUUGGUGACCGGAUUGUAAUUGUCGUUCAGAAACAACGGAACUUCGGACCUGAGGGCACGAGCAGCACCGGCAUCGCCAACAAAGUUCGCCGAGGAGACAUUCGACACGCUGUCGUGGUCCGGGUGAAGAAGGAAAUGCAAAGGCCGGACGGAACCCUUGUCAAGUUUGAUGAUAACGCUUGCGUGCUGGUGAACAAAUCCGGAGACCCCAUCGGAACCAGAAUGAACGGCGUUGUGGCGACAGAACUUCGGGGAAGGCAGUGGUCGAAGAUCCUCUCAUUGGCGCCAAUGCACGUAUAAUAUACCAUUUAGGCGAAUUGUUUUAUUAGGCGUUCACAUAUCUAUCUUGUAUCAAUAGAGCAUACUUUUCCUG